AGUUAUUUGGGUGGAAUUCCGGUACCGGGUAGAACUGUGCCGACAGCCAGAUUCUUCGAGUUGUACGCUUCAUCAUGCUUGCCGAACGCAUCGAAACACAGUUACCUACACCAACUUACCCAGAUGCUUCAAAAGAUUGAUGCUGAAGAACUCGCGAGGAAAGUCUACAAUUCGUUGUAUUUUGCAAUUGGAGAUGUGGAGGUGGAGAAAAUGAUGGGACGUUGGUAUACGGUUAUUGACUCACCAGCCAUACAUCCUGAACAAUGUGUUGUUAGCUAUUUUGAAUCGCUAAACAAUGAUCCGUAUACGUCUACCUUCUCGAUCCGACAGUAUGCUCGUCAAGGAACUACUCAAAAAACAGAAAUGUUAGAAGGUUACGGCACCAAAAUCGGAACUGAUCCGGGUGGAAUCCUUCUCAUCACAGGACAUGAUUCGGAUCCAUGCCCAUGUCAGUUGUGUUCCUAUUGUUCAAGUCAAACCUGUUGUACAUGA